GCGGCGGGCGGCGGGCGCCGCGCGGGGGGCGGGCGGCGCGGAGGAGGCGGCAGUGGCCAUGGCCGAGGCGUCGCCGCAGCCCGGACGGUACUUCUGCCACUGCUGCUCGGUCGAGAUCGUGCCGCGCCUGCCGGAUUACACCUGCCCCAGAUGCGAGUCUGGUUUUAUUGAGGAGCUUCCCGAAGAGACCAGGAGUACAGAGAAUGGUUCCGCCCCCUCCACAGCCCCCGCGGACCAGAGCAGGCCACCGUUUGAGAACGCGGACCAGCACCUGUUCACACUGCCACAGGGCUACGGGCAGUUUGCUUUCGGCAUCUUUGACGACAGCUUCGAGAUCCCCACCUUCCCCCCUGGGGUGCAGGCCGACGAGGGCAGGGACCCUGAGAGCCGUCGGGAGAGAGAGCAGCACUCCCGGCACCGGUAUGGCGCCCGGCAGCCUCGCGCCCGCCUCACUGCACGACGGGCCACCGGCCGGCACGAAGGCGUCCCCACGCUGGAAGGGAUCAUCCAGCAGCUGGUCAAUGGCAUCAUCACUCCUGCCAGCAUCCCCAGCCUGGGCCUGGGCCCCUGGGGUGUCCUGCACUCAAACCCGAUGGACUACGCCUGGGGGGCCAACGGCCUGGAUGCCAUCAUCACGCAGCUCCUCAAUCAGUUUGAAAACACGGGCCCCCCCCCAGCGGACAAAGAGAAGAUCCAGGCCCUCCCCACCGUCCCUGUCACCGAGGAACACGUAGGCUCCGGGCUGGAGUGUCCCGUGUGCAAGGACGACUACGGGCUGGGAGAGCGUGUGCGGCAGCUGCCCUGCAGUCACCUCUUCCACGACGGCUGCAUCGUUCCCUGGCUGCAGCAGCACGACAGCUGCCCCGUGUGCCGGAAGAGCCUCACCGGACAGAACACGGCCACCAACCCCCCGGGCCUGAGCGGCGUGAGCUUCUCGUCCUCGUCGUCUUCGUCGUCCUCGAGCUCGCCGAGCAACGAAAACCCAGCGGGCAACUCGUGAGCGCGCCGGCCGGCCUCCAGAGAGGGCACAGGACCUGGGCCUUGCCAGGCCCGGCGGGGUGGGGCGGGGCAGGGGGCGGCGCGGCGGGG